GAUAACACAAAACGCUGGGUCGUGACGUGUAUCACUUUGUUGUUAAAUUUAGGAAACUUUAUUCGCAAAUUUAGCUUAAAUUAAAUUGAGGAUGGCUCAGUUUGGCGGUCCAAACGAUUUCUACAGCUCCGGUCCAUCAGCCGAUGCCAGCUACAACUUUGAUAUGCCCGAGUUUGGACAGGAACUGAAUUUCCAAACCUUUGACAACACACAGCCCUCGGUGCCCCCUAACUAUGACAACUAUGCUCAGCCUCCAGCUCAGGGAUUGGGCGGCUUCUAUGAUCCUACGGCGUAUUCAGACACAAGCUAUGGUCAGGACAAAAGUGCGAAACAAGGCGGAGGAGGAGCAGCCGGCACAGAUUUCGACGAUGAGCCACCUCUGUUGGAGGAACUAGGCAUAAAUCCGAACCAUAUAUUCCAGAAGACUCUGGCUGUGCUAAAUCCGCUACGCGGCACCGAACAGCAAAUUCUGCAGGACACUGACAUGGCUGGCCCGCUUGUAUUUUGUCUAACACUCGGAGGCUUCCUGUUGCUGCAAGGAAAGAUGACUUUCUCGUACAUCUACGGAAUUGGCGUAAUGGGAUGCAUCUUCUUCUACUGCCUGCUUUCAUUGAUGGUCACCCGGUCGCAGGUAACUUUCGGAGCGGUGGCCUCCGUGCUCGGGUAUUGUCUGCUGCCUAUGGUCGUACUCUCAGGCAUCAACGUUUUAAUCACCAUUCAGGGCACACUCGGCCUAAUUGUGAGCGGCAUCUCCAUAUUCUGGUGCGCCAUAUCGGCCUCGAAACUGUUCGCUACCGCCUUCUCCAUGGACCAUCAACAGCUGCUGAUUGCCUAUCCGUGUGCGGUGCUCUACGGAGGAUUUGCGUUGAUUACCAUUUACUAGGGCUACGGGCUGCCGAUGGCGAUUCAACGUGCAGAUACAGGACAGAUACCCUAACCCCUCCCGUCUACUGUUAUUGUGUUUGCAUGGUUUUAAUUGUCCUGCAAAUACACUCACACACAACGUUUGCAACACAACAAAUUCGCACCCGACAAAAUAGAGAAAAGAAGAACAUGGAGCUAGGAGGAGCAACUUGCAAACAGGAGUAUGAAUAUUUUGAAGAAAAUUAGCGCCGAUUGGAAAUUGUUUUAUGUGUUCCGCUCGGCUCAGCUGUGUAAUAAAUUUGAUUGGGAAUAAAAAAAAAAAACGGUUAACAAAUUGAAA